ACGUUGCCUAGCAACGGCAGCGUGGUCAUAGCAACCCAAACAGGAGGCUCACCGGUGUUAUGGUGUUUAGAGAAGAAAAUUUGUUACUCAGCCUCUGAUAAGUUGUUUUAUAGCGUUUUAAUCUGCAUUCGACGUGUAAAAACAUGAGAACUUCGGGUGGAACAAAAACAAUGCUGAAGACGGAAGGAUUCACCGUCAAAUCAACUAUGAAGAACUCAGUGGUGGUGGGUCCUCCUGCAGCCGGAGCUUUCAAAGAGCGUCCUGCCAGACCCACAUCUUUCCGUAAGUUCUACGAGCGUGGAGAUUUCCCCAUUGCGCUGGAGCACGACACCAAGGGCAAUCGCAUCGCCUGGAAGGUAGAGAUUGAAAAGCUGGAUUAUCACCUCUACCUGCCGCUGUUCUUCGACGGGCUGUGUGAGACGUCUCACCCGUAUGAGUUCUUCGCCCGGCAGGGUAUACAUGACAUGCUGGAGCACGGCGGCACCAAAAUCCUGCCAGUCAUCCCUCAGCUCAUCAUCCCUCUAAAGAAUGCUCUGAACACGAGGAUUCGGCAGGUGAUCUGUUCCACACUGAAGGUCCUACAGCACCUGGUGGUGUCGGGAGAGAUGGUGGGAGAAGCCCUGGUGCCGUACUACAGGCAGAUCUUACCCAUCCUCAACAUGUUCAAGAACAUGAACAAAAACAGUGGAGACGGCAUUGAUUACAGCCAGCAGAAGCGGGAGAACAUCGGCGAUCUUAUUCAAGAGACACUGGAGGUGUUUGAGCGCUACGGAGGAGAAGAUGCCUUUAUCAACAUCAAAUACAUGGUGCCCACUUAUGAGUCCAUUCUACUCAGCUAACACACACACACACACACACACACACACCUGCUAGCCUUAUAGCCUUAUCCUACACUUGUAUGAUUAUAUUAAACUACUGAACUGAUUCACCAUCUUA